UUGUUACUCUUCAGGGUGUUUGGACAGGAUAUCCAAGGCAGGGACUGUGGUGAUGAAGUGGCUCAGUGGAUCACCACUUUCCUGAAAUCACAGCCCUAUCGACUGGUGCACUUUGAGCCCUCCAUGGUGCCAAGAAAGUCAAAGAAUACAAUAAACCUUUUCCGAAGCACUGAUGAGGUUGCCUAUCCUGACUGCAGCCCAGUCUUGCUCCUCUCUGAAGCUUCAAUGGAUGAUUUAAAUACAAGGCUGGAAAAGAAAGCUAAGAUACAGAACUUCAGGCCAAAUAUUCUUGUGGCAGAUUGCAGCGCUUUUGAGGAGGACACGUGGGAGGAUAUUCUUAUUGGUGAUGUGGAGAUGAAAGGGACCGUGUGUUGUGGCAGGUGUAUUUUAACAACUGUUAACCCAGACACUGGAGUCAUAGACAGGAAGGAGCCUUUGGAGACAUUGAAAAGUUACCGCCUUUGUGAUCCAUCCGAGCGACACAUCUACAAAACCAGCCCUCUCUUUGGGAAAUACUUUGCUGUUGACAAAACUGGAACGAUUCAAGUUGGAGACCCUGUGUACAAGAUGAUCUGGGAAUGAAAGAGACUUUGAUCAGAAGAUGCUUUUUCACCUUUGUACACAAACUGUUUUCCCAUGAACACAGUCACCAACGUAACCUUUUCUUAUUCCUUGCAAUAUUUUUAGUGCCAUGUCCCUUUGUAAGGUGCAGGGGGGUUUAUGAGGCUAUGAAAUGCCAGUCAUUUCAGAUCAUGUAAUCUACUAGCAUUCCUGUAGCAACCACAUCUUUAGUUUUUCUGGAGGCUGUGAGAGAAGAAACUGAUCCAAGACAGACUUCACAGCACUACUGUGAGCAUCACACCUCCUAAAAUUUCAUGUCAACCUUAAUAUCGGAAUCUGAAAUUACGUACAAGGGUUUGCAUCGUGUAUUAGAUACAUUUAGUGCCUAUAAAGAACCACAAAAACAGUCAUGCCAAGCACAAAGUACGUUGGUCACAGAGCUGCCUUUACAAGUGAACAUGGAGUGGAAAUGGCAGGACUCUGUCUUGGAUUCCGCCCUUCUUUGGUCCUAAUCAUCUUACCCAUCUGUAGGAAUCUGAUAAUUAUAUUUUCUACUGCAUAAAACAAAUAGAGGAGGAAAGUAUUUGGAUUAUGGCAGUAUUACCUUUUCUUUAAUUGUUAUGUGAUUUUUUUUCUUUUAAAAUGGAACUCCAAGAUAAAAACCAGCCAUCUUUCAAAGUCUUGUUACUUGUUUCAAAAGCUUGUUCCUUUGUUAUGAAUUAAUAGAUCUAGAAAGAGUGUUCCCCUAGCCAAAAGGAGGAAUCUAAUUAAGUGUGGAGAAGGGCAAAUAUGACCCAAUUUGGUGUUUAGAUUCUUUCUUUUCUGUUGUAAGUAUGAACCUGAAAUUUUGAUGCAUGUUCACAACUUAGACCUGAAAAAUGAAGAGCCAUCAGGCUUUGAACAAGUUCAAUUGGCUGUGUGUGACAAGGCUGAAGCAGAAAUAUAGGGAAGGUAUUAUUUGUGAACUCAGAGUUGCUCUGAGUGUCAUUUUUUUUAGCAGAGUGCUGGGUAAGGAUUUAGUUUUCCUGGGACAGACAAGUGCCCCAUUUUGACUGCACAUUGCAUAUUUGUGUAGUGUUAUGCCUCAUGCAGCAAACAGUGGGAUAUGAGAGAAAAAGCAUCUUUUGAAAACAAAGAAUUCUGAGGGUCACUUUUAAAAAGCACAUGUUGAAGGUCCUUAAUGUUAGAAGCUGAAAACUUGUGGAAUUCCUAAUGGUAUUAUUAAGCACAGGCAGCCUGCUGGCCUGCCAAAGCAAUUAGUUAAGUGUGUGUCUCUUCGUUAAGUCAAAGAAGCGGAAGGAAAGAGAACUGAUUUUUUGCCUCUAGCAAAACCUAUUUUUUUUCACUGUUGUUUUAGCAGCACAUCAGCAUUUACAUAACAAAUUGUGUGAUAUAGAUUCUGUUGCCUCUUGUUAGGCUGUUGUCAAUUGGGCUAAUUUGGAAAUGGGACUGUCUCUGCAAUGAGAAACAGCCAUCUGCUUUCUUACUAAGAAGAGGUCUUAGAUCUAACCCCCUGAUUUACUCCUGUAAAGCCUCUUAGAAGAAUAUUUCUAGAAUCCUAUAACAGAUAUGCACCUGAGUACAACACAUUUCACAAAUGACACUUAAAUCAGUUAUGUCAUCACAGAGAGCUGUUUUGGGAAGUCAAGAGCAUAACUUAGAACGUUAUGCUAUAAAUAUCUUCAUGUAACUGUUGAAUUGCUGCAACUGUAUGAAUUGUAUUUGAUUUUGUUAAAACUGUUUAGGAAAUUGACUGAAAACAUGUCAAUCAUAAACCACUGUUUUUAAAUUGUGUACUUAAAAAGUUAGUUCUUUUUUUAACUCUAGAAGAAGAAAACAAAAGUAUAAACUUUUGUUAAAUCAAA